CCCCCCAUAUUAGAAGCCCCCCCGUAUUAGAAGCUCCCUCCGGAGCCAUCGAUGUGGAAGGUGUAUUAGAAGCCCAGGGGCUUCUGUUACGUCGGAAAAAUAAUUUAAAUUUUUUAAACGACACAUCUGAUCGACACGCGUUUUUUUACUUUAAUUGUUCUUGUGUGAUGUCGUGUGUAAAAAAAGGAAACGAAUAAGAUUUACAUUUUUUAUCUCGAAAAAGACUUUUUUACUUUUUUCAGAUUGCUAUCGCAUUUAUUAAGAUGCACCAAUCAUAGAGAUAUAACAUGAGCUUAUGAACCAUAUUACCAGUAGAUGUUAUUUAUCUGCACAUUCUACUCAAUACGUUUCAUAUGAUUUUAGGAAUAAAAUUAGAUCUUUUGUUACAAACUUUUCGACAAGAAUAUGCAUCUCUCGAAAAAACUAAAGAAUUAUGAAAAGCGCCUGUGUCUUUAAUCCCGAGCAAAGUCCGUCAAGAUCUUGGUAUAAAAACCCGGCAGGAUUUAUCCGAUGCUGAACUCUAAGUGUCGGGGUGGAAAAAGGUCAUGUGUGGUGUAAGUUUUUUGGAUGUACAGUAGAAGCUUUUGGGAGAAUGUACUUCUUCUUUGCUGUUAUAAUCUUCUGAAUAGACUCUGUUCCCAAAAAAAUCGAGAGAAAGCCUUUUGAUUGAGAGAAUGGAGCAAAAGCAAAAAGCGUGCACUACAUCUAUCUCCACGGGACUGCAAAUUCCCACCUUCUCUCUUUUCCUGUUAUUUACAUUUACGAAAUGAUUACUGCUCUUUAUCAUGUUCUUGAAAAAGCACAUAUGAGCCACUAACACUCCAGUUCGAAGUGACGCUCUAAGAGGCUUGCUCCUGUAGGAGAGCACCAGACUUGGAAAUCUCUCAAUAAAGAACAGAACAGUGAUUAUGAAAAUUUUAUAGAGUGGUCUGGCCGAGCCUGGCUUGGACCGCAAAGUAUUUUGGUCGGGUUGGGCCGAACUUGAAAUUUUUAGGCAUGCGUGGAUUUAUAAUUUAUGUGUAUAGUCGGUACCAAGAAAUCAUAAAAAUAUAAAUAUCAGCUUGAGAAAUACAUUUACACCGCUUAGCCAGCAGAAGCAUUACAGAUACAAGACGAAAAAACGCAAAGUGGUCGGGCCGGGCCAGAAAAGUUUCAGGAUUGGUCGGGCCGGGCCAAAUAAAUUCUGCGUAUAGCCGGGCUUGGUCCGGAAACUUUCAUCAUCGGGACGGACCGGACCAAAAAUUUUUGACCCGUCGGAUCUCUAAUAUGUAUCCUACAGCAGCAUAGAAGAUAUGAUGAGUAAUCUCUUCUACUGAAGCGAAAACGGAAUGACUAUUGACAAACCUGUUUAAAUUGACAAAUUUUUUCAACAGUACAUCGAACUCAAAAUCAGUUGAAACUCCCUUUCAAGCUCACUCCUACUGCGCACCUCAUUCCCAUUAUCACGCUGGAUUAAUACUAAAAUUCCACUUUCCACGUAUAUUGUAGCGUCUCUACAUUCUAUUGGCCAGAAUUGAUGUCCAACUACAUUUGCUGUCAUUUUCUACUGCCUUGAAAGCACAUCAAUAAACACAAAAUAAAACAGUAUAGUAUAUGAUUUAAAUAAAUACUAUAACAUUUAACCAUACUCUAUGAAAGAAAAAAGAUAAAUAACUUGACAUUUUAAAUAAAGCAAGCAGACUCGUUUUUGUCUAAAAAUGUGCAAGAGGCUAACGUUGUUUUCAGGUAUACGAUACAAACGAGGUUCUUUCUGUAGCGAUUUCACUUUCCGAAGAAGAUUUCUGUCGACCUGUGCCUACUUGUCGUUUUCUGGUUUAACUUUGUCUUGAAACCUUAGAGCUCUGCUAGAAAUUUUAUCUUGAUUAUGACAGUAGAUUUCAAACAAAAUGCCUACUACAAAUAACAAGCCUGUUUUUUCUCUUAGAAUGGUUUUGUGUAAAUCUAUACAUGUUGGUACGUGUUUCUACUUCGUUGCCUCAGUAUUUUUUGUAAGCGGAGAUCGUGAUUAUGAAAAAUCACCAACAUCUUGUAGGUAAGAGUUUUUUUUAAUUCAACAUUUUAUUUGUAAAAUCAAACGAUACAAGAAACGAGCAUUAAAAAUUUUUCCUAGAACAAACUGCAUGAACGAUGACGAAGAUUGUUGGAAGCAAUCGAUUACUUAUUAUUCAUCUGAGCUGGUCAAAAAUGUAUACUCGUUUGGAAAUUUAGCUGUGUACAUUGGUCACUUUCAACGACAGCAUCCAGACGAAGGUUUAAACAGCACAGCAUUUAUCAGCGAAGCAUUGGAAUCAAGACUGAACAAUGAUUCAAUUGAUGCAAAUUUUUCAUAUUCGACAUUUAGCGAAGCAGUUCAUUCGUUAAUUGGCUAUUGUCAAAAUUUGACCUCGACUGCAAUUCAAAGUAUUGCAGAACUUCCAUCAUUGCCCUGUGCUAUACCUUGUUCAUAUGAUGUCCAAAUGUGGAUGGUAUUAUUUAUUGUGUCUAUUUUACUUGCGGCAACAUCUGUUACUGUCGUGCUCGUUGAACUGUAUCGCUCGCAUCAUCAACGGCAAGCACACUUAAGAGCAACUACAUCUUCACCAUUAUUAUUGUCAAAUAAUGUUAGAAUAAGUCGUUUAAAUACGACAUCAUGUGAUCGAAAGUUUAACACAAAAUUCGGAACCCAACGAGAAUGGAAACAAACAACCGAUUAUUUUUCACAUCGUCUAUCAAAAGCAAUGAUUGAAUAUUGUCAAAUAAUUAUGUAUAAAAAUGGAACUCAUUGGUAUAAUAUAACAAAAGAAUUAUUACUAAAAGAGUUGACUGAAUACAAAACAGAAAGUGGCGUGCAACAAUUGAAGAAAGAAAAUGUGGAAGAUGUUGUUUUAAGAUUAUUAAACAGUGUAUGUAUUGAAGUUCAAUGUACUAUCACUAUUGGCAUUGACUUGGGAACAACAUAUUCGUGUGUGGGUAUUUUUCAACAUGGAAAAGUUGAAAUAAUAGCAAAUGAUCAAGGUAAUCGAACAACACCGUCCUGUGUCGCAUUUACAGAAACCGAACGUUUAAUUGGUGAAGCUGCAAAAAAUCAAAUGGCCACCAAUCCAAGAAAUACAAUAUUUGAUGCAAAAAGAUUAAUAGGAAGAAAGUACGAUGAACAAUCUGUUCAACAAGAUAUAAAAAAUUGGCCAUUCAAAGUUAUAAAUGAUCAUGGUAAACCAAAAAUUCGAGUUAAUUAUAAAAAUACAACAAAAAUAUUAGCUCCAGAAGAAGUUUCAGCAAUAGUUUUGAUUAAGAUGAAAGAAAUUGCCGAAGCUUAUACCGGAAGAAAGGUAAAUGAUUGUGUAAUUACUGUUCCUGCAUAUUUUACGGAUUCUCAACGGCAAGCGACAAAAGAUGCAGGCGCAAUUGCUGGAAUGAAUGUUUUGAGAAUUAUCAAUGAGCCAACAGCUGCUGCACUCGCCUACGGUCUAGAUAAGAAUUUAACAGGCGAAAAAAAUAUUCUUAUAUUCGAUCUUGGCGGAGGUACAUUUGAUGUGUCAAUAUUAUCCAUUGACGAAGGUCAAUUAUUUCAAGUUAAAGCAACGGGCAAUACUCACUUGGGUGGCGAAGAUUUUGAUAAUCGAUUAUUAUCUUAUUAUUGCAAUGAGUUUGGGAUGAAGAAUAAUAAAGAUUUAACGAAAAAUGUACGAUCAUUAAGACGAUUAAAAAAUAAUCUUGAACGUGUGAAACGUAUAUUAUCGACGGCCACAGAAGCAAACAUUGAAAUUGAUUCACUAAUGGAUGGUAUCGAUUUUUAUUCAAAAUUAUCGCGAGCCAAAUUUGAAGAAUUGUGUUUAGACCUAUUUCGUUCAACAUUAAAACCGGUUGAAAAAGCAUUACGUAGUGCUAAAAUGGAAAAAUCUCAUAUUCAUGAAGUUAUCCUGGUUGGCGGUUCUACAAGAAUCCCAAAAAUUCAAAAAUUAUUACAGGAUUUCUUUAAUGGAAAAGAAUUAAACAAAUCAGUUAAUCCCGAUGAAGCCGUUGCCUAUGGAGCAGCAAUACAAGGUAUUGAAACAGUUGGUGGUGUAAUGAAUAAAAUAAUUGAUCGUAAUUCACGUAUACCAUGUACUGUCUCAAAAGAGUUUACAACGUUUGAAGACAAUCAACCAGGCGUGACGAUUCAAGUAUUUGAAGGCGAAAGAACAAUGACUGUUAAUAAUAAUUUAUUAGGAAAAUUUGAAUUAGUGGGAAUUCCUCCAGUGGCACGUGGUGUUCCGCGAAUUGUUGUAAAAUUUGAUAUUGAUGCUAAUGGUAUCCUGAGUUGUACAGCUAAGGAUGACUCGACUGGAAAAAGUACAAACAUCAUUAUUCGUAAUGAAAAAGGACGAUUGUCUAAAUCAGAAAUUGAACGAAUGAUAAAUGAUGCUGAAAAAUUUAGAAAAGAAGAUGAACUGGCAAAGCAAUGUGUUCAUUCACGAAAUACAUUAGAAAGUUAUUUAUAUGAUUUAAGCGCGACUGUUAGUGACUAUGGUAAAAAAAUGAAUGAAAAAGAUAAACAAACAAUUGAGCAAAUAUUAAAAGAUAAAUUACGAUGGAUUAAAAGCAAUCAAAAUGCGAGUAAUGAAAUGUAUGACAGCGUUUAUAACGAAGCUGAAUUAGUUGCGGGUCCAAUAAUGCAAAAAUUGCAGCAGAAUUCAAGUAGUGGUGGUAAUGGCGUUAGUAGACCAAAAAUUGAAGAAAUUAGCUAA